AUUUUGAAGAAUCGAUUUCAGUUUAGAUUUUAAAACCUCUUCAAUUGGUAUUGUCUAAUUUGCCGAACCUCAAAAUGGGAUUGAGUCCUUUGUCUUGGCAUUGUAUUGUGUUGGCCAUAGCUUUCCUUCUAUUCAAUGUCUAUAGUUUUGAUGAAGACUGGAAAAACUUGGAAAAACAUGUCAUGAACAAAACGGAAAGUGAAGAUCCAAUAGAUGAUGAAUCAGAGUUUGAUUCAUAUGUUUUUGUCGGUUAUUCCCUUGCAGCUAUGCUUUUUGCAAUUCUCAUGAUUUGGGGCAUAUUCAAGAGAAAUGUAUAUCUCAUGGUGCCCGUAUUUUCCACGAUUGCCUUUGGCAUGUUUUACAAGGAGAACUGGUUGGACUCAAAAGAAAGGUGUAUAGCUGUAUUGGGCGCUGGUUUUGCCUUUCUGAAUCCCAUCUUUAUUGAAAUGCAUCAAAUCCGCAAAGAAAAUGCUGCAAAACGUAGACGCCAGGUGACAGUUUAUGGUUGAGCUUUUGAUUGGAGAGAUAAUCCUGAAAUGCAGAAUGUAUCAACGACUUAAUAAAGAAAGAGUUGGAUUUUAAUUUAAAUAAA